AUGCUGGAAAAAGAGGUGGAUAUUUUAUCGCGAAUACGUCACCGAAACGUAAUUGAGUUCUACGGUGUUUCGGAAGAUAAACAUAAUUUCAUCAUCGUCACAGAAUUCGCCGAGGGUGGAUCCUUGUUUAAUUAUCUUCGCAGCACGGCUGAUAUCGAAAUCAGUCAAAUUAUUGAAUGGGCAAUGCAGAUAGCGACUGCAGUCGAAUAUCUGCACUAUGGAGCUCCCGUAUCAGUAAUCCAUCGUGAUCUGAAGUCGAACAAUGUUGUUUUGAGGGCUCAACGCGUCUGCAAAUUAUGCGACUUUGGACUGUCAAAGAAUUUGGCUGGUUCGCGGACAGCAGCAUCAUUUGCUGGCACGAUUCCGUGGAUGAGCCCGGGGAACAUCACCGCGGCAACGGACGUCUGGAGCUACGGAGUUGUUUUGUGGGAAAUGCUCACACGAGAGGUGCCCUAUAAAGAUCAAGCUAAUUUUUUCGUAAUGAAGUCGGUUACAGAAAAAGGUUCCACCCUAGCGAUACCUGAGGAAUAUCCGCCAGAUUUUAAACGGUACGAUUUUACUGAUGAUUUUCUGUUGAUUUUGAUUUCAUCAGUUAAUAAUUUAUUCGGUGGGAAUUCUCAGGUCAGAACACUCCGUGAAUUCGAGAGUGAUGAAGACCUGAGUGAAGCACUGCGAUUGACUGGUAACGAUCCAUUGAUGUCACCAGUUUAUAAUGAAGUAAUGGCUAGAAAGAGGUAUUCAUUGAAACGAUUAAUUAUUUCGUUUGAUAAGGAGAAAUGA